AGCCAUGUACCCCUUAAUUUCUACACCCUCAAUUCGAUUCAGUUUAACCAGCCUCUUUUCUUCUUCUCUUUCGCCCUCUGAAUCAAUUUACCAGAAACAUGGACAAGGUCGAUUUCAAUGCUCCCCAUUCCAUGGGAACAACCAUCAUCGGCGUUACCUACAACGGCGGCGUUGUUCUUGGUGCCGACUCUCGAACCAGCACUGGUGUAUACGUUGCCAAUCGUGCAUCUGACAAAAUCACACAGCUCACUGAUAAUGUCUACGUCUGUCGCUCUGGAUCGGCUGCAGAUUCUCAGGUUGUCUCUGACUAUGUGCGCUAUUUCCUCCACCAGCACACGAUUCAGCUUGGACAACCUGCAACAGUCAAGGUUGCUGCAAACCUUGUUCGGCUUCUCGCAUAUAACAACAAGAAUAACUUACAAACUGGGUUAAUUGUUGGUGGUUGGGACAAGUACGAAGGUGGUCAGAUUUAUGGAGUUCCUCUAGGUGGAACAAUUGUACAACAACCUUUUGCUAUUGGAGGAUCUGGGUCCAGUUACUUGUAUGGAUUUUUUGACCAAGCAUGGAAAGACGGUAUGACCAAGGAUGAAGCUGAGGAUCUAGUCAAAAAGGCAGUUUCACUUGCCAUUGCUCGUGAUGGUGCUAGUGGCGGAGUUGUCCGAACAGUCAUUAUAAAUUCAGAGGGAGUGACCAGGAAUUUCUACCCAGGUGAUCAACUUCCAAUAUGGCAUGAUGAACUGGAGGCUCACAACUCAUUGCUGGACAUUCUUGGUGCCCCAGAGCCAAUGAACAUAUGAAGAAACUGGGAUUAUAGAAUCUUGCACGACUAGAUUAUAUCCCUCUGUCGACCUUUUCUCUGAACUAUUUAUCGAAUUUGUGUAAUUGAUUAUAUCUUUUGGUUAGAUGUUGUUGGUUGCUAUACAUCCUCAUGUUGUGUACUAUUGGUAAUUUUUUUUAAGUACAACUGCAAACUACAAAAGAAAUUCAGUGCAUGAAAAAAACCACUUAAAAAUUAUCAUCUUUAA